AUGACUAUGUCUAUUACGAGCCUUUUUCGAUUUCUAUUCUUUGCCCCGCUUAUUUCAGCGGCCUUUGUGCACCCGGGUCUUAUGGUUAACAGCAAUGAUAUCAGCCGAAUCAAGACGAAGCUUGCUGCGAAAUUAGACCCAUGGACUGGUUCAUACUCUGUUCUUACUGGUAUGACAUACGCCCAAAGCACGUAUACGAAUGGAGCUGUCAGUAAUCUCACCCGCGCCACGAAUACGGACCUUCUCUGGCACGACGCAGCUGCCGCGUUUGCCCUUGCGCUGCGCUGGAAGCUUGAAGGAGACGACGAGUAUGCGGCCGCUGCAGCCAAGAUUCUAACGGCUUGGGGAACAACGCUCGAGAGCCUAGGAACUGAUAGUGACCAGUUCCUCACUGCCGGUCUACAAGGAUUCGAGAUGGCGAAUGCCGGUGAGCUCCUACGCGACUAUGCCCCAUUUGUCGCCAAUGGCCAGAAGGAAUUCAACGAUAUGAUGGUCAACGUGUUCCUGGCGCAGAAUAUCCAAUUUAUCAAGCAUAAGGACUGGUCGGAGGGUGUUCACAAUCACUACUUUGCAAGCUGGGAGCUCUGCAAUAUGGCAUCUGCCAUUGCUAUUGCCGUUCUGACUGAUGAUCAAGAUACGUUCGACUUCGUCGUUGACUACUGGCACACCGGGGAUGGGAACGGCGCCAUUUCACUUGCCAUUUCAGAUAUUGUCGAAGAGCCAGGGACCGGUGGCCUGGAAUCAGGGACUGAUCUUUAUGCCGAUAGUGACUAUCGUAUGCUCCGCGGCGCGGAAUAUUUUGCACGCUAUAAUCUGGGGAAUGAUGUUCCUUUUGUGCCGUACGCAAACGUUAUCUGUAACUACACCGAGGCUAGCAACUCCUCGCGCGGUGCAUUCAGACCAAAUUGGGAAUUGCUUUACAGCCAUUACGGUCAGAUUCUGGGAAUGGAUGUUCCGUGGGUCAAAGCGUACCUCAACUUCAGUCUUCCAUUAUACCCUGGCAGCCCUGGCUACGAGGGCGGACUUGGAUCUUGGGGAGAGGGCUCUGGCCAUUACGACUCGCUAGGCUGGGGCUCGCUACUUCAUCACUUGGAUGAUGAAGAUGUGGCGGCAGCUAAAAACGGUUCCACUGUCGCUGCCUCCAACUCUACUUCUUCAGCCUCUACGAGUUCGAAUAGCACUGCUCUCUACAGUUCUUCUACCGCUACCUCUAGCUCUGCUUCUUCAGUCUCUAAGAGUAUAGCCUCGAAUGGCACUGCUCUGUACAGUUCCGCUGCCGUUGCCGCUGCCGCUGCCUCUAGCUCUGCUUCUUCAGUCCUCACGAGCACAGCUUUGAGUAGCACUGCUCCGUCCAGCACAGGCGCCACAUAUUCCGCGGCCGCCGUGCCCACAACUCUACAGACCUCUCGAAUCUCCAGCCCUAUCCCGACAGCAUUCAGCGCCCAGCCCACUGAACCUGCUGGUGAGGAUUACGAUGACUGCGAGUGGGUAUAG